CAUGAAUCCUUUGUUGCCUGAGAAAGAAAGAGAAAAGAUCGGCGUACCCAGUCUUGAGCGAUUGCUCAGUGUUUCACGAGGCGGAGUGCAAUCCUCAAAGAAGUUUCAGAACCGGGAGGUCGAGUUCGCUUUUAAGGACAAGGAUGGCAAAGAGAGCAAGAAGGAUGAUGGCGGACGAUUCGGGGCGGGCAACAGUCUCAGAUCCAAGAUGGCAGCAGCUACGGCAGCCGGCAACGGGCCUCAAGCACGCAUCAACAAGAAGAAACCGGCACAGACAACGAGAAUCGCACCUGAGCCAAGGAGGAAUGUUCAGGUUUCGGAAACGCCAAGGGUAAAGCGGACGGUAACGGCGCCUCCGGUUCCCAUGACUCUUCCAUCACCGGCAGUCAUCUCCUCACCCUCACCGACGAAAAGCAAUCGGUCUCAGAGGGUUCAUGAUAACUUUGCUACACCUGUGAAGCCGCGCACGCUGGAUAUGGUAGCGGCUAGCCCUGUGGACAGCAGGAUAUUGGGAACGCCGGUGCAGAAGAGGUUGUUUGUGGAUGCGUUGGGAGUUCCCGAGUCGCCUAUACCGCAGUCACUGGCCUUGAAAGAAACACCGAUGAAGGAGAGGAAGCAAGAUCAUGCGAAUGCGGAUGAUGAUCCAUUCGCGAAUUUAUGGGGAGGUUACUGAAAGACCAGUUGGACAAUGGCAUAGCAUACGCGGUGAUCUACGAUACAGGACGCGUCUACAGGCGUUUCGGAGUUUUAGAAAGCAUAUUACAAUUCAAGGAUACCCUACA